AUGUGUAUCUGUGAACAAGGUACGUUCAGCUCGGUGUAUCUGGGUGAGGCUCAGAUGCAGGAUGGGAGGAGAGAGAUGUUUGCCCUGAAGCACCUCAUCCCAACGAGCCAUCCCACACGCAUCGCUGCUGAGCUUCAGUGUCUCACUGUUGCUGGAGGCAGAGAGAAUGUGAUGGGGGUGACGUAUUGCUUCAGGAAGGAGGACCAUGUAGUGAUUGUCAUGCCCUAUAUGGAGCAUCAACCUUUUGUGGACAUUAUUGGCUCAUUGAGCUUUGAAGAAGUUCGUCUGUACAUCUAUCACCUGCUGAUGGCCCUGAGACACAUCCACCAGUUCGGUAUCAUUCACAGAGACAUCAAACCAAACAAUUUCCUCUACAACAGGAACAGCAAAAUGUAUGCGCUGGUGGACUUCGGCCUGGCUCAGGGUACAACAAAUACCCAGAUUGAGCUGCUGAAGGUAGUGAGGCAGAGGACAAUGCAAAAAGGUGGAGGGUCCACAGGAAAACAAGACACUACACAGCGGAGCAAAGCACCUCCAAGACUCCUUCCUAAAACCACCACCACAGCCUCAGCCUCAAUACCUCUCCCUGCACAGCAGUCCAUGAACUUACCACCUUCCUCCUCUUCUUCCUCCACCACCACCACAUCCUCCUCAGCCUCUCAGAAGGCACUGAUUAAAAAAGCACGACCUGUCACCACCACCGUCACCACCUCUCGCUCAAAGCACACAAAGGAUUUGACGGGAUUACGCAAAGUGCAACGUCCUGUGUUUGGAGAGAGGAACCUGAACAGCUGCACUCGCGCUCCAUCCACCGCCAAACAAGCUGCCAUAAAGACAGAGUUGGUAAAACCCGGCAAAACAGAAGACCCAGCCAACCGAAGGUACUCUUCAGCCGGCCGUGGCGCGCUGCCUCUCAGGACCCAGAGCAGCAGCCAGAGACCUCAGAGGACUGUGCAGCAGGGCCUCACCUGUAACUGUUACCUGACUGACCGUGUCUGCAACAUCUGCAUGUCCAGGAAGCAGCAGGUGGCUCCCAGGGCUGGAACCCCGGGCUUCAGAGCACCAGAGGUCCUCACAAAGUGUCCCAACCAAGGAACAGCCAUAGAUGUGUGGUCAGCUGGUGUGAUCCUGCUCUCACUGCUCAGUGGACGAUACCCGUUUUUCAAAGCCAGCGAUGAUCUGAUCGCCCUCACUCAGAUCAUGACCAUACGAGGCUCCAGAGAGACCAUCCAUGCCGCCAAGGCAUUUGGUAAAGCAGUGGCGUGCAGCCGGGAUUUGCCUCGGCAGGACCUCAGAACGCUGUGUGAGACGCUGAGAGGACGGAGGCCGUCACCAGUUGAUGAAGUCACACCGCUUCCCGAAGCCAACAAAGACUCCACUGUCACCCGUCCUCACGGGAUCCAAGAUGACACGCCCACACAUCGUCCCACCGAAGGAACAUUAAAGCAUCACAAAGAUGAAGCAGGUGAAAGCCCUUCACCUCUCUCUUCUACUCUCCCAAACCACUGCGAACAUUCAGGGAACACAGAAACCACUCGCCUUGCUAAGCAGAGCUCAGAGACAGACUGCAAGGUGAAGGAAGACGAGCAGGGCUGGGACAGAGUUCCUGAUGAGGCCUACAACCUGCUGGACCGGCUGCUGGACCUGAACCCUGCCAACAGGAUCACAGCUGCUCACGCCCUGCAGCACUCGCUGUUCAAAGACCUGUGA